AUUAACUCCUUAUCUACAAUUUUUACUUUAAUAGAAAAGUAAUAAGCUAUUGGUCAACCGCAAUUGUUUAUUAUUAGAUACAUGCUUUUCUAAUAAACGGCCGCAGUUAGUCAAUUUGUUUGUAUCUUACACUUGUAAAGAAAAAUGUACUGUAAAAUUUUAAACUUUUAGUCGGAUUGAAUAUUUUAUUUCACAAUACAUGAUUACAAUCUUUUAAUACGUACAAAAGCAUAUGUCGACUAAAUUAACACAAUUACAAAUUUUGCAUUAUCAAUCUUUUAUAAAUCAGAUAAUUUAACAAAGUUAUUUAAAAAUAUCUUGUUUAUUAAUGAUUAUAAAAGUAAAAUUUUAAGAGGGGAACAAAAAUGCCCCUUUGCAAAGGGACAUUUCAUAUGUUAUCAACGAUCCUGAGCAAGUUGUGUAAUAGGCAUGGGGCUCCCGUAAGUGGAAAACGUUAGGCAAUAGAAAGAGAAAGAAUAUGAGUAUAGCAUCUUUAUCUUUGUCUAAUGUUGCGCGCGCAUCAAGCUGAAUGGAGCUGAGUGGGGAGGUAUCGUAUUGAGACUAUUGAGGGGAAGUUUAUCCUUCAACAUGGUUGUAGCUGGUUGUAGUAAAAAUUUAUUAAUCUUGCAUAUAGCUUUUAUGCAUUUAUUCUGACUUCAAAUCAUCAUUUGAUACUUUCUCUCUCGUUUGAUUUUUGGAGACACCAUUCUUAGAGGAAGUCCGCAGCCACAUGACUAAAGAAGACGAGCAAUUUAAUAAGCAAAGCGCUGUGACAUAAUAGAGAAUAAAAUGACAAAUACGUGUGUUGUGUGCAACAAACAAUCUAUUCCGUUUGAUACAUCUCGAAGUUUUCACAAAUUUCCUGUUAAUGUUGAAAUGAAAAAGAAAUGGAUGGAAGCUAUUGGUGUAACAACGGUUUGUAAGACAGCCAGCAUAUGUAGCGAUCACUUCCAUGAAGAUUCAUUUCAUCAGACUGAUGGAUACACAACUUUAAGACGUUUAGUAUCAACUGCUGUCCCUUUUAAUCGAAACGGUCAAUUAUCUUCACCAAUCAACAACGUACCUACUCAAAUACUUGAUGACAUAACGAAUCAUCCAGAUACGGCAAUAAGUGUCGAAAAUACAUUUUCAACAAAUACGAAUACUAGUGGCUUUGAGACACAUAAUCAUUUAAGUCCCAGAAAUGGUAUUAAAAGAAAAUCAUCUGUGGUCAACAUUCACCCAACAAAAUUUCGUUUUAUGGUCGGAAGUCAGUCAGAGUCUUUUUCAAGAAAGCACUUCGCUUCAGAUGAAGCUUGGGAGCGAUUUGUAAGAGUUAUGGCUGCUGAAAAAUCUAAAAAAUCUGCUAUCCAUAUGAAGUUAACUAGAAAAGAAAAAAUAAAUACUAAUAUAAGAGAACUAAUCAAAACCGUGAAGGAGAAACAGUUUUCUAAAGCUGCUGAAUGUUUACAGGUAAAUUUGUAAUUAUAUGUUGCAGUGCAGUUUCAAUAUACAUUUCAAUCAUAUAUUAUGUAAUGGAAAAAUUCAUAUAAUUUUUUCCUGUAAUAUUAUUUAAUAUUAAUAACUAUAAUUAAUUUUAAUUAAAUUAUAUUUAAAUAUAAGUAUAAAUAUAAUUAAUAUACAUAAUUAAAUAUAAAUUGUAAUUAUAUUUCAAUCAAUUGUAUUUUUAUGUUUAAUUGUUUUUAUAUAAAAUGUACUUUGUACUAUAAUUGAACCAUAAAGUGUGUAAUUAUGAGAGAAAUUUAAAUAUACAAUCAUUAGCAUCAUA